AAGUGAUAAUGUAAAAAACCAUGUAAAAUAUAUCCUUCAAUUUAAAAGUGCUCCGAUAGUGAAAUGGGCUCAAAGAAAAGACAAUGUAUUUCUGACAGUUGAAGUGAGAGAUUUGAAAGGUGAAAAAGUUGAAUUGACUUCGAAUUCACUUAAGUUUUCAGCAAAUGCAGAAGGUGUUAAUUACGUAUUUGAAAUUAACUUCUUUGCUGAAGUUGUUGUUGAAGUAAUGCUCCAUUGUAAUUUCUAUAGGAAAGUAAAUGGACAAACUACGGCUUAAAUGUCAGAUUUAUACUUUCCAAGAAAGAUAAAGCCACUUCAUAUUGGACAAGGUUGAUAAAGGAAACUCACAAAUUGUAAUAUUUAUAGGUAGAGUACUUAAUAAUGAUGGUUAGGUUGACUGGACUAAAUAUAUUGAUGAAGAUGAUGAGGCUGAAGAAGGAGGCAAAGGAUUGGAUGAUUGGGAUUCAAACAAAUUCUAAAAUUUUGAUCAUGGUCACGAUCACGGCCAUGGUCACGAUCAUGGUCACGAUCACGAUCACUGUCACGAUCAUGGGCAUGAUCACGGACAUGGACAUCAUCACGAAGAUGAUGAUGAUGAAGAAGAUUAAGAAGAACCAAAUGCUGGUAGAUCUGAUGUCUAUUUAAUUAGGAAAUAUUGAUGAUUUAGACUAAGAGGAGGAAGUGCAACAAAAAGAAUAGGUGCCUAAGGAAGCUGAUCAAUAAAAACAAGAAUAAUAAUGAAAAGUCAAGUGAGUAUUCUAAAAUUCUAUAAAAUAGAUUUUUUAUUUUAUUUUUACUUAAAU